AUGGAUAAUUAUAAAUUUCAUUUCCAUGAAGAUACUUUUGAUAAAAGCGAUAAAAACCCACCAUCACUGCAAGAAGAAGACGUAGAACAACAACAACAGCACUUUCCACAUGAUUAUCAAAAUCAUAAUGAAACUGUAAAUAUCUCUCGUCCUCCAUUACGUCAACAGCACAGUUUGCAUUCACAUCAUCAUCAUCCCCAUCAUCCUAACCAUCAUCAUACAGUAUGGAAAGGAAGACAGAAUACAUAUCGUGAAACAUUUAUAAAAACUAUUUAUUUAACUUGUGCAACAAUUAUUACUACAUGUUUUAUUAUUGAAUGUAUCCUAAUUCAUUUAGUUAUACUACCAUGUCAACAUGAAUCAGGAUUUCUACCGACAGAAUGUACAUAUGUAAAAACAGAAUUAGUAGCAUCAUCAGUUAAAUGUGAGAAUAAAUGUUCAAAGGAUAGAUCAACUUUUCAGUGUAUACGUGUAUUAGUUACAUAUUCUAGAUUGAAUGAGAAUUUUACAGCAAGUUUAUUUGAUAAUAUAGCAACAUAUCAAUACUAUCAUUCACUUGGGUGCGCUACAAGCUCAUGUCAUCGUCAAAAUUCAGCAAAUCAUGAAUGGGUGGAACACUUUUGUCAGUUAAUAAAAAAAGCUGCACGAUUUCCGUGUUAUGUGCAUGAAGAUCAUAUUAAAGAAGCACUACUGCACAAAUUCUAUGGACCGUCAACAAUGUUCAAUACUUUAUUUUGGCCUUUAUUCUUAUUAUGUUUGUCUAGUUUGUGUUUACUCAUCACAUGGUCUUUUGAUAGAUGUCAUGUAUGGCAUGAUGAGAAGACAAUAAUAGCAUAA